AUGUUCGAUGUGUUUCCGAUCAUGAAGACAACAACCCAAAUUGCCCUCCGGUACGAAAUUUUCACCAAAGUUUUACAUCAGUUGGACGAGGUAGCGAUCCUACUUCCAAAGAAUCCAAGAAGUUGGUCUAAUGGGUACAAUCUACUCCGCCGAGGUGGUGCUAAGCUCGAGUCGACCAAAGCCAAAAAACCGAUGGAUGCCCCUUAA